UUUUUGGUCACGUGGUCAAGUCAGAACCAAGUUUUGGUGUGCGAUGGUUUCGUGACGCCAUUUUCGGCUGAACGGAAACGCCAACGAUAAUCGACUCUUUAUUUUUUUUCGAACAUUCAGGCGCAACCUCGGGCAGUGCUGCUUCAGCUCUGGCGAUAGCUGAACGACCGGAAUGAGCUACCAAAUGCAGUCGGGGGCACAAACUGCUGCGCGGUCAAUGAGCCAUGGCAAUUACUCCAAUCCUGGUGAUGUACCUGUCAACCCUAAGGAACAGACCAUUCUCUGGCAACAAGGAAAUUACCUUGCGGAUUCUGGCAUUCACUCUGGUGUUACAACUCAGGCACCCUCCAUAAGUGGCAAGGAGGAAGACUUGGGUGAUGAGCAGAUGGUUUUUGAUUGGGAGCAGCCUGGCUUUGGUCAAGGGUUUACACCUGACCAAGUAGAUGAGAUGAAUCAGCAGCUGAGCCAGACUCGAUCGCAGAGGGUGCGCGCCGCAAUGUUUCCCGAAACACUGGACGAAGGAAUCGAGAUACCGUCGACUCAGUAUGACCCUGCACAGCCAACUGCGGUGCAGCGUUUGUCUGAGCCGUCGCAGAUGUUGAAGCAUGCUGUUGUGAACCUCAUCAACUACCAGGAUGAUGCCGACCUGGCUACUCGAGCGAUUCCAGAGCUAAUAAAAUUGCUGAACGAUGAAGACCAAGUUGUUGUUAGUCAAGCAGCGAUGAUGGUCCACCAGCUGUCGAAGAAGGAGGCCUCUCGCCACGCUAUCAUGAAUUCUCCGCAGAUGGUAGCGGCUUUGGUAAGGGCCAUGUCCACGUCCAAUGAUCUGGAGACCACUCGAUGCGCUGCGGGGACCUUGCACAACUUGUCCCAUCACCGCCAAGGUUUAUUAGCCAUCUUCAAAUCUGGAGGGAUACCGGCUCUGGUGAAAUUACUUAGCUCGCCAGUGGAGUCUGUACUUUUUUAUGCGAUCACCACGUUGCACAACUUGUUGCUGCAUCAAGAAGGCUCUAAGAUGGCUGUUCGUCUCGCUGGUGGCCUUCAAAAAAUGGUGUCCCUUCUUCAGAGAAACAAUGUCAAGUUUCUGGCCAUUGUCACAGACUGCUUGCAGAUUCUUGCCUACGGAAACCAAGAAAGCAAGCUGAUCAUCCUGGCCAGUGGUGGGCCAGCAGAAUUGGUCCGUAUCAUGCGUUCCUAUACCUAUGAAAAGCUUCUUUGGACCACUUCAAGGGUGCUCAAGGUGUUGUCCGUGUGUUCUAGCAACAAGCCGGCCAUUGUUGAAGCAGGUGGAGUGCAGGCCACGUCGAUGCACCUGGGGCAUCAAAGCCAGCGGCUAGUGCUGAAUUGCCUGUGGACGUUGCGCAACCUUUCGGAUGCUGCACUCAAACAGGAGAGCCUAGAGCCUUUGCUGGCCAGUCUGGUCCAGCUGCUGGCAAGUGGUGACAUCAACGUGGUAACUUGUGCUGCGGGCAUCCUUUCCAACUUGACCUGCAACAACCACCGCAACAAAGUGACCUUGUGUCACGUAGGGGGCAUCGAGGCCCUUGUACGCACAGUUAUCCAGGCAGGAGACAGAGAAGAGAUCACAGAGCCUGCUGUGUGUGCAUUGCGGCACUUGACCUGCAGACACCCGGAAGCCGAGCUAGCGCAAAACUCUGUGCGGCUCAACUAUGGCCUGCAAGUGAUAGUGAAGCUUCUGCACCCUCCAAGCCGCUGGCCCCUGGUCAAGGCUGUCAUUGGGUUGAUCCGCAACUUGGCCCUGUGCCCAGCCAAUCAUGCACCGCUGCGCGAGCACGGGGCCAUUCCACGCCUUGUGCAACUGUUGCACAAGUCCUAUCAGGACACUCAAAGGCAACGUUCCAGUGUGGCUUCAAAUGGCAGUCAACAAGGAGCGUACUCAGAUGGGGUGCGCAUGGAGGAAAUUGUCGAAGGCACAGUUGGGGCUCUGCACAUUCUAGCGCGAGAAACUCACAACCGAGCCAUCAUCCGCGGCCUCAACGUCAUUCCAGUGUUUGUGCAGCUCCUGUACAGCGACAUCGAGAAUAUACAACGUGUUGCCGCUGGAGUCCUGUGUGAGCUAGCAGCCGACAAAGAAGGCGCUGAGAUGAUUGAAGCAGAUGGUGCUACUGCUCCGCUCACAGAUCUUCUGCAUUCCAGAAAUGAGGGAGUUGCCACAUAUGCGGCUGCAGUCCUUUUCCGCAUGUCAGAAGACAAGCCACAGGACUAUAAGAAGCGGCUCUCGAUGGAGCUGACCAAUUCGCUGUUCCGCGAGGAUGCCGGACCGUGGGGAGGCACGGGGCCAGAUAUGGACAUGAACCUGGAUGCCUAUCAUGAACAAAUGUACUCUGGAAGCCAAGGACCUCCUAGUGGGCGUCACAAUCCUUACUCUCAGCAGGGUUAUGACACCCAAGUCCCCAUAGAUUCCAUGCAAGGACUUGACUUGGGGCCAUCACAGGGUGGACAUAAUUACACCCCGAUGGACACAGGCAUGGACCUUGAUGCCCCGGGAGACCUUAAUUUUGACCCUCUUGACCCUUCCCUUCCUGCACCAGCUCAGCAAGACAGCAGUGGCCAGCUAGCUGCAUGGUAUGACACUGAUCUAUAAAAUUCCAGGAGCUGUUGGCCGAAGGCUCGAAUAUGGCUCCUCCCACCCCCCUCAUCCUUCCUUUUUAAUCUUUUUUACUGCUUUUCUGGAGCAGCUAGUGUGUGCUUUUCCCUUGAACCAUACAUUUGGGGCAAGCAUGGAUUUUGAUCCCUCUAAGAGUGGUGUACAAGGGGGACAAUUUUUGCGGAGAAUCUUUGCUCUUAAUGCUGUUGGUUCGGGAGGCACCUUGCAGAGACGAAGAUGAUGGAGCAUGCCAGCGAUGUCAAGCAUUAAGGCCACUAUUUUAACCAAGGUCCCAAAUUUUAAUAGUGGCAUAUUUAUGGGAUCUCCAUAAUGAUGGUUGGUGGCAGCCUCCUGUUUGCCUUUCUUUCUUGUAUUCAUUUUUAAGUAAUCAUUUGAGUUCCCUCUCAUAUUUUUUAUUCCUGUUCUGUGCAGUCUAUGCUGUGCCAAUUUGAACUCUGCUGCUUGAAGCAGUGUGAGCUUCGUUUUGUGUGUAUCGUUUCUUUUACGUGCCACAUUUGUUGUUUGUACUUUUCAUAUUAAGUGUCCUUUCAGAUGGUAAUUAUACGCUCAUAUUUGUUACUGUCCAGAUACAAGGAAUGUGUAGUAUUCCAUUUGUGUUCCUUGUGCCCCGUCUGCUGUGGCUGUUCUGUUGCAAUAUCAAAAUCUUCCCACUACUGGUUUGUAUUUCGGACAUUUAUAUCAACCAGGUGAUACAUUUUUACUCUUUAUCUUAGACAUACUCGUAUUUACUAUCCAGCAUGUGUCUGUGCAACAUCUAAACGAGAAUAGAACAAGUUUUGUUUGUAUUAGGUGGCAUAAGGCAGUGUGGGUAUACUUGAAAUAUUAUUUUCUGUAUAUGUGUCUGUGCACUGUAUUCAAUAAAGUAGACAGCAUAAACUUG